ACUGUCAUCAUUUGAGUGGUAGAAAUCCGUAGAGAAAUCGGCAUUUUUGUUGUUAGUUGCCAUUCGGUGUUUAAAUUGUAUUGGUGUCUGGAUGAUAAUCAACAAUAACUUUUAGUGAUGACAAAAUGUUUCAGUCUCUAGGACGUUUAUUUAGUGUAAUUGUGGUGAUUUAUAUAUUUUCUGGUAUCGUGACUUGUGAAUAUGAGCCUACACUGUACGUGGCAUCAGACCCUCUUAGUUCUCGUAAAGUAACUGUAAUAAAUAGAAACAAUGAAAUUACGGAUUAUGAUGCAAAUGAAAGGAUAAAGCGAGAUGCAACACUGAGUUCACCGUCUUCGACAAAAAACAUCAGUACAUGGACUACCCACCUAAAUGACAGUCACCAACAAUUAAUGGUUCAUUGGGUUGGGGAAGGAUCCAAUGUUAUUAUCUGCUUGGCAAGAGAUUCUAGCCCAAGAAACAAAGGUACCAUAUCACCAUCGGCUCUGUACAUCUCAUAUGAUUAUGGAAAGAAUUUUACUAACAAGACUGAGAAUUUUAAACUCAACGAUGCACCGGAUAGUGGAUAUGCACAGCUGGACAAGUUCUUUAAUCAUCCUAAGUAUCCUGAAUUUUGUGUUUUUAUUGACUCCACAAAUAUGAAGCUAUAUACAACAAAUGACAAUGGACAUACUAUUCAUAGAACCGAUUUGUCCUUCCAUCCCAAUGAAUUGGCUUUUGAUGAGGAGUUUCCUGUCAGAUUUGUUAUAUUAGACAAAACCAAUUCAAGUAGAAAUCUUUACCUCACAGUCGACGGUGGAAAGACCUUUAAGCUCAUCCAGAGUUAUGUUAAGACUUUCUCCUGGUCCUCCGGUCCGGACUUUCCUAAAAUGUUUUAUCUGGAAAGAUGGAUGCCGCGCAACACGUCUAAUGUGUUGAAAGUCAACGAUCCUGCGAAUAUGAGCCAAGCGGAGAGGCUGUUCGAGUACGCGAAGGACUUUCAAAUUAAAGGCGAUUUCAUGUUUGCAACACGAGAAUCGGACUCCAAGAAAAACAUAGACCUGUACAUCUCAUACCAACGAGGUCCCUUCUACAAAGCGGAAUUCCAAACUGAGCUGGAUCUCAGAAAGUUUCACAUUGCGGAUGUGACAGACAAACGUAUAUUUGUCUCUGUCAUGCACACUGAGAACGUAGCCAAUUUAUAUGUAUCAGAAAUUAGCAAGAAUUUCACUAAAUACAAUUUCGUCCUGAGUUUGAAGCAGAUACUGUGCUAUUUCCCGGAGGGAAAUUUCAAGAACAGCUGGCUUGAAGAUGUAACUGAAGAUCCUUUCACCGACCUCUAUCGGGUGGAAGGUUUAAAAGGCAUCUACAUAGCGUCUAAGAUUAACUCUAAGUCAUUGGUCGAAAGUAUUGAACCCGAACACUUGGUCUCAUUGAUCACAUAUGACCACGGAGUCACCUGGUCGCCAAUUUCACCACCUGUUGAAGACGAAAAUGGUAAACCCUUCAAUUGUCACAUAGAGAACUCGUGCAGUCUUCAUUUAUGUCAGAAGUUCAGUCAACUAUAUCCAGUUACAAGCCCCCCGGGAAAUGUCAUAAAUAACGAUUUGAGAUCCGCCAGCAUAAUGAGCUCGAAAUCGGCCCCAGGCAUUAUAAUGGCCACCGGUGUGAUGGGCAAGUCCCUCAAAGGCAUUCCUGGAGUGUACCUCAGCCGAGACGCGGGUCUCACGUGGAAGAGGAUUCUCAAGGACUAUUAUUUCUUUAACUAUGGAGACCACGGAGGUGUACUCGUGGCCGUUAAAUACUUUAAAUCCAGAGGCGAAACACGAAGGAUACUGUAUUCCACCAAUGAAGGCAUGGAGUGGAAUUCAUACGAAUUCAACGAGGACGAGCUGCGCAUUUACGGUCUCAUGACGGAGCCGGGCGAGAACACAACUACGUUCACCAUGUUCGGAUCGGCCAACGAGCAGCACCAAUGGAUCAUCAUCACCAUCGACUUGAUGAAAGCUUUCGAACGUAACUGUACCGACGGCGACUACAAAUUCUGGUCUCCCUCGCCACCCAACUCCACCGUCUCUUGCGUUCUCGGAAAGAGGGACGUCUUCCAAAGGCGACUUCCGCACACCGACUGCUAUAACGGCGUUUCCUACGUUCGCUCCGUCAGAAGAGAGCGCUGCGAGUGUGGCCGAAGAGAUUACGAGUGCGAUUACGGAUUUAUUAACUCGAACAACAUUUGCAUCUUCAACCGGUCCAUCCCGGCGGACAAAUACGACCCCUACGCGGUCCCGCCCGAGUGCGAGCCCGGACACUUCUACAAGCGCACGAAGGGCUACCGGAAAAUCGACGGGGACGUCUGCAUGACACCCUACUACACUCCUUACGAACCGGACCUGAUCCCUUGCCCUCUCGAGGAACCGCCCGGCUUCAUCUUGGUCGCUUUACGAGAAAAGAUCGCUCGCAUCGACCUCGUCGACAACUCCACCGUCGUCCCGAUCAAAGGCCAGCAGAACAUCGUGGCGAUCGAGUUCGACAUGAAGAACAACUGCAUCUACUGGGCCGACAUCGAGGUGGAUAAAAUCAGCCGACAGUGUUUCAACAACGGAGACAAACAGGAGAUCGUCGUCGAUACGGACCUAGCCAGCAUAGAGGGGAUGGCGCUGGAUUGGAUCUCCAACGUUCUCUUCUUCGUGGACGGUUCGAGAAAGAAGAUAGAGGCGGUCCGAACGGAUCUAUCCAGUCAGGGUAGAAUGAGGGCGACGAUCCUAGAUUCCAAAGUUCUGUCCAAGCCGAGAGGCAUCGCCGUGCAUCCGAAGGCCGGUUACCUGUUCUGGACCGACUGGGACAGGAAGAACCCGUCCGUGUCCAGGUCCAACUUGGACGGGUCCGACGUCAAGAAACUGUUCACGAACCCGAUCGUCCAGUGGCCGAACGGCAUCACGAUCGACCAAAUGUCCGAGAGGAUAUACUGGGUCGACGCGAUGGAGGACUACAUCGCGAGCGCCGACCUGGAAGGGAAGUACUUCAGAAGGAUUCUGUGGCACGACGAGAAAGUCUUCCAUCCGUUCGCGGUCGCGGUGCUGAAAGACAAGAUGUACUGGGACGACUGGAAGGCCAAGUCGAUAUUCAUCGCGGACAAGGACACCGGCGCGAACGUCAUCACGAUCAACGACUCGUUCAGCGGCCUCAUGGACCUGAAAGUGUUCUCGCACUUCAUGCAGCACGGGAGUAACGCGUGCUCGUACAAGAACACCAGUUGCAACUAUCUCUGCCUCGGGGCGCCGGGGAACAAGUUCAGCUGCCUGUGCCCCGACGGGUUCAAGAUGGUCGACGGGAAGUGCCUCUGCCCGAACGGCUUGGAGCCGGCUUCGAACAUGACGUGUCCCAAAUUGAACGGAACGUGCGGACCCAACGAGUUCACCUGCAAGAACGGCAUGUGCAUGACGAGCACCUGGCGCUGCGACGGCAACGACGACUGCGGAGACAACUCGGACGAGGCGGGCUGCGUCUGCGAGCCUCCCAUGAUCGCCUGCUCCGACUCCAGCUGCUACAUGCCCCAGUGGAGGUGCGACGGAGACAUCGACUGCCCCGACAUGAGCGACGAGAAGGAUUGCGGUAAGCAGAAUUGCACCGAGACUCAGUUCCAGUGUCAAAACGGGCAAUGCAUAGAGAAGAGAUGGGUCUGCGACGGAGACAACGACUGCCGGGACGGGUCUGACGAACGAAAUUGUACGCACCAAACACCGAAACGCCCCGACAGUCUGAGCUGCAGCUCCCGAGUGUUCGCCUGCGGCAACGCCUCCGACGCCCUCUGCAUUCCCAACUCUUGGGUGUGCGACGGGGAGAGGGACUGUCCCGGCGGCGAAGACGAGACCCUGGACAAGUGCCUCAACUCCACCUGCGCCCCUUUCAUGUUCCGAUGCCCCAGCGGAAAGUGCAUCUACAACUCGUGGGUCUGCGACGGGGAGAACGACUGCGGGGAUCACGAAUCGUCGGACGAGAGGAACUGCUCGUCGACCGGCCGCUCCAAGCUGAUCCCUCGCCUCGACGACAAACCCGUUUUCACGAACGGCUCCUGCCUGGACUGGAUGUUCAAAUGCGACAACGGAAACUGUUUGCCUUAUUGGUGGAGAUGCGACACCAUAGACGACUGCGGCGACAACUCCGACGAAGUGGCCUGUGGCGCGGUGGAACCCGCCAAACCUGCCAACCCCGCCGAUCCCCCUCCGGAUCACCCGCGGCAUAAGCAGAAGUGCGCCAAGGAUCAGUUCACUUGCUCACCGGGCGUGUGCAUCCCUCUGGCGUGGGUGUGCGACUCGGCCGUGGACUGCGAGGACGGAGCCGACGAGCGCGGAUGCACUCGCGCGUCCGUCCCGCCCGCUCCCGCGCGGUGCGACAGGGACGGCACGCCCUGCAGGGACGGCGUCGGGUGCGUCGCGCUCGCCAAGGUGUGCGACGGAGCGUUCGACUGCGCCGACGAGAGCGACGAGAGCUUCUGCGUUCGGAGUCUCCCGCGACCCGGAAACUGCUCGGACAAGUUCAUCGCGUGCGACGACGGCACCAAGUGCCUCUGGCCCUCGAUGCUGUGCAACGGAAGAAGAGAUUGCUACGACGGAAGCGACGAGAGCAACUGCUCCGGCGGCGACUCUCAUCCGUCUCCGCCGCUGAGCAUCGGCGUGGACCAGUCGACCAUCAACUCCACCAGCUUCCUGAUCUCCUGUUGGAUGGCUCAGCAGAAACUGGUGAUGUACAACUUCCUGCCCUCCAUCGCCAAGGUGUCGGACGACGUCUGGACGAACAUGACGUGGAUCGACGAUAGCGUGUAUCGGUUUACGGACUUGGAGCCCUUCACGAACUACAACGUGACGUUCUACAUCCGAGACAGCAAGUCCGACGAGGUCUACGCGUCACACAAAUACGUGAACGCGAGCACCGGAGAAGGAGAACCGUCCCCGCCCAGACGCCUCACCGUCCGCCAGAUGAUCGGGAGCCGCGUGAGCCUCCUGUGGGACCCGCCCUCGGCCCCGCGGGGCGUCGUCACGCACUACACGGUGUACUUCGUGCCCCCGCUGCCCCCCAUGGAGAAGGUGGUCCCGGCCGGAGACGGGAACGCGACGGUCUCCUACACCCUCGACGCCUAUUUCGAGCCGAACACCAAUUACUCGUUCUGGGUGACGGCCUCCAACCGAGCCUUCGCGUCCAACUCCACGGACAUCGCGUACCUGUCGUUCGACGACGUCGGAGACGUCGACGAGAUCGUCAACGUCAGCCUGGCCCGGCUCAACGACACGGCGGUGUCUCUGCGGUGGCACAGGCUGCGGGGCGUCGAGGGCUACGUCGUGGUCACGAGGCUGCCCCCCAACUACGCCGACCCGGAACCUCUCAAGACCGACUCCGACAACGUCACGCUGACCGGCCUCCCCCCGGGCGUCCAAAUAUACGUAGACAUAAAGGCCUACAAGGACGACGUCGUCGGCCGACCCUUCACCGUCCCCGUCAAGACCGGAGGGGAGCCGGACGAAACACUCAACGUGACCGCGACGCUGCUGCCGGAGAGGGGCACCUCGGUUCGGGUAUCGUGGAGGCCGCCCUCCCGGGGCAAGUAUAGGGGCAAGGAGCCGGAGUACGAAGUCUACUACACGCGCAUCGCCAACUUCAAGGCCAAGUUCGGAAAAAUGUCUAACGACACGAAGGUGACGACCGGGAACACGAGCAUCGUGAUCGACGGCUUGAACGCGUGCGAGACCUACAUGUUCACGGCGGGUCUUCGGGGAGGGCCCCUGGCGCCCGUCGAAGCCGUCAUCACCGGGGAAGACGACAGAGCGCCGGUUAAGGACCUGAAGUUUGCGUACGACGAGAAGAAAUCCCACUUGAAAAUCUCGUGGAGCGCGACCUGUGACGUCAUCAGGAAUCCCGUCGCCUACAGGCUGGAGAUAACGGAGAAAACUCACGGCCUCACGAGCCGUUACCAAUUGGAACCCAGCCGUGACGUGUCGUUGUCUCACACGAUGAUGGGGGUGCCUCUCGGGGGAAGAUACCACAUCUGCGUACGGACGGCGGCGAAGGGCUCCCGCGACUCGUGCGCGGAGACCCGCAGCGGGGAGCUGGCUCCUCCUCGCCGGGUGCUGGCCUGGCUCUCGCCCAACGGCCACGUCAUGAUGUCCUGGGACCACCCCGAGCACGACGACGCCCUCAAACCGAAAUACCAAGUCAUCGUCUCGAGCAAAGAGAUUCCCGAGGACCUCAUCCGACCGACGGCGGACAUGAUGACGGCCGAGACCGAGUUCUCCCCCUUCAUCGUGAGCAUCCCCGGCGGAAGCGUCGCGCCCCUGUACGCGGGGGUCCGCACCGUCGUCGACGGGUACUACAGCGACCUCAGCGAGGUGCAGACCAUCGAGAUGCUGGGUAUCGAAGCCGACGAGCUCUCGAGCGCCACGGGCGCGGUGUGGUGGGGCGUGGGCGGGGCCUGCGCGGCGGCUCUGGCCCUGGGCGGAGCUCUGCUGCACGUGCUGCUGCGCAACCGGAGGCUCAACCGGUCCUUCCUGCGCCUGGCCGCGACGCCCCGCUACGACAGCCGCCGGGGACAGGCCACCAUCGACCACGAAGACGACGACGUGCCUCCCAUCCACGGAUUCUCCGACGACGAGCCCCUGGUGAUCGCGUGAGCGGGUGGUUUUGUGAUCUCGGGCCCCGAGAAAUUGGCAGACCUUUUGGAAAUUAUAUGUUUUACUUUUAUAAUGAGGCAGUUAUUUUGACAUUUUAGUUCUAAAAUUUGUAGUGAUUUUUCGUCCGUCACUUGCGUGUGUAAAUAUCGAGUAGGCCCCGGUGGCCGUUGUGAUUGAAAAAAAUAAGUGGACAUUUGCCAGUUCUUCGCGUCCACGUGACGACCCCGGUCGCGUAAAAGUAUUAUAAUUUAACUAGUUUUAAUUUAACGGUCGGUCGAUUCGAUUCUUUUCUAGAAGAAUUUAGUACAAUUAGGGUAAUCGUUCAUUUCGUGACGAGGGCUGUAAACUAGAAGACUUUACGUUUAAUUAAUCCCCAACUCAAGUUCGACACCAAAGAUUUCGCGAACCUUAGAAUUAAUAUGUAUCAUAUAAACGUUUAUAGAUAAUAUAUUUUUGGUGGACUUUUAAUUUUGCCAAAUAUCUAAGUGAAGAGUGUAAGGGUAGCUCCGAUCUCGACGUUCCGAUUCCUUCGUAGUUUUAGUUCCUAAGUGAAAUGCCUCUAGCGUUCUUAUUUUAUUUAUUUGAAUGUUACUCUGAUAGCUAAAUUCGUAUUGUAAGGUUUAUAUUAAUAACGUAGACGUCGCUCAUAAAGAAACAUGUUUCGAUCGUUCUAAUAAAUUGUCUUAAACCUA